GUGGAGAACGCCAAGGUGCUCAUGGUGGGCGCCGGGGGCAUCGGGUGUGAACUUUUGAAAACGCUCGUCUUGCACGGAUUUCGAGACGUCACGGCGAUCGAUUUGGACACCAUCGACGUGUCGAAUUUGAACAGGCAGUUUUUGUUCAGGCGGCGGCACGUGGGGAUGGCGAAGAGCGAGGUGGCGAGGGAGUCGGUGUUGAAGUUUAGACCAGAAGCGAAGAUUUCGGCGCUGCGAGCGAACGUGAAGGAGGCGAGAUUCGAUAAGGAGUAUUUUAAGGGGUUCGACGUCGUGUUGAAUGGAUUGGAUAACUUGGAGGCUCGACGACACGUCAAUCGGUUGUGUCUCGCGGCGGAAGUGCCGCUCGUGGAGAGUGGGACGACUGGAUAUAAAGGGCAAGUCACCGUGCACGCGCGCAAACAAUGCGCGUGCUUUGAGUGCACGGAGAAGCCGACGCCGAAGAGUUAUCCGAUCUGUACGCUGAGGGAUACGCCGGACAAACCGAUUCAUUGCAUCGUGUACGCAAAAGAGCUUUUAUUCAGCAAACUGUUCGGCGAUGCGAGCGUGCAGAGCGAUUUAGAUGAGGAGGACGCGGUGGAAGCCGGGGCGUUUCGCCGAAACGAAGGAGAGUCCGGCGUGGAUUUCGCCAAACGCGUUUUUGCGUACGUUUUCGGGUCAAAGAUCGAGGGUUUGCUGCUGAAGGAUGACAUGUGGAAGACGAGAUCCAGACCGAAACCGCUGAAAUCGGCGGACGUAGGCUUAGAUUGCGAGUUUGUGGAGACCGAUUCAUCGGCGUCGAGUGCGCGACGAGCGCAUGGUCUGAUGGAUCCCCACGUGGUUUGGUCCCCGACCGAGUGCGCGAAGGUGUUUGUGAGCGCCACAGCCCGACUUGUAGAGCGCGAGCGCCCGAUUGAGUUCGACAAGGACGACGACGACGCCGUGGAAUUCGUUACGGCGGUGAGUAAUUUGCGCUCGGUGAAUUACGGUAUUCCUCCGCAAAGCGUAUUCGACGCCAAGGGUAUGGCUGGAAACAUCAUCCACGCCGUCGCGACGACCAACGCGAUCGUAUCCGGUCUCAUCGUCAUAGAGGCGAUCAAGAUUCUUCAUAAAAGAAUGGACCAAACCCGGUACACGUUCGUCCUCGAGCACGCGAGCAACGGACGUUUGCUGCAACCCAUGUCGAAAGACGACCCGAAUCCAAAGUGUGCAGUUUGCGGGAACGCACGCGUGGAAUUAGUGUGCGACACCACAAAGUUCACGAAGGGCGACCUAGUGAAGCGCGUGCUCAAGGGGAAGUUCAGCGUGAACGAGCCCACCGUGCAGUUUGGUGGGAACCUCCUUCACGAGACGGGCGAGGAUUUAGACGAAGACGAGGUGGAGCACUACGCUUCGCUCGACCCGCGCACCUUAGACAAGCUCCCGGGCGGUGGCGUCGUGAACGGGACUAUUUUACUCAUCGAGGAUUACUCGCAAGAUUUCAAGUUUGAGCUCAUGGUGACCCACCGCGAAGAUUGGGACGAUGAGAAGGAGCCGGACGGUUUCAUCGUGCGCGGC